AUGAAUCCAUCCCUUCGCGCAAGUUCUAUAGAGUCAUAUUUAGGAGGACUUGUGAGCAACAGGUUGAUCUUUGAUCGCGACAGUGAUUUGAGAAUCCCUCUGUUCGCUGACUUGGAGCAAGAUUCCAACGUAGAGGGAAUUUUGCUCUCAAUCAACAAUCCGAGAUCGCCGAUAUGUCGCUUCACUCCACUUGAGAACAAUGGUACUCCAGCUAAAAGCACUUCCGGAAUCUAUCACCCUUUGCCCGGGGCCAGUACCUUCCGAGUACUAGAGAUCCUCGCUGGCGAUGAUGACGUGGUUCAAUGUAAGCUCCAUGUAUGUAGCUUGCAAACAAACGAGGCAGCAUAUGAGGCUCUGUCAUACACUUGGGGUACGCCAGGUAUUUCCAGUCAGCGGAAGAUAGAAAUCAUCUCCAACGGCGCGAGUCAUUCUGUGUCUAUCUCCGGGAGUUUGUACAUCGCAUUACGAGAGCUUCGGAGAAGCAAUACAAGUAGAGUGAUAUGGGCUGAUGCCAUCUGUAUCAACCAGGAGGAUGUGAAAGAAAGAGGCCAGCAGGUAGUGCUGAUGGGGCAGAUAUUCAGUGGCGCAUGGCAGGUAGUCGUAUGGCUAGGUGAAGAGAGCGACCGUUGCAUGUGUGGAAACACGGUCCUGGAGACAUCUCUUUCUUCGGUGUCAAAAGCCUUUUCGGGAGUAUGCGCAGUUGUCAACGACUGGCUCGCACAAGCCGGUCAAGAGGCCCUCGAAGCAACUUACUCGGAACUCUCAAAAGAUGACGAUUCUACCGUAUAUCGCGCCAACAUCAACGAUGGUGAAGACAGCCGCUCUUACAUGUUGCAGCUCUUCAGACGUCGUUGGUUCUCUCGGAUGUGGGUCUUGCAAGAAGCUGUCCUAGCCAGGCAUGCACUUGUUCAACUCGGCUCUUACCAGAUCCCCUGGGAGUGGGUUGGCCUCGCAGCAGCUAUACUGGUCCACAAGCCGGAGCUGUCACCCAGCGGCUUUGGGCGAGACAUGAUCCCUACUGGAGCGAUGAACGGUUAUCUGAUGUAUCGGCUAUCAGUUUCGCAGAAAUGUUUCCCACGACUAGAAUUCUCGUUUGCACAAUUACUCCAAGUUUCUCGGCAUUUCCAGAGCAAAGAACCGAAGGAUAAGGUCUAUGGCCUCUUGGGUAUCGAAACAACAGACUCUGUGGGCAGGCAGAUCGUCCCAGACUACCGGGAGACAAUUACUUCCGAGAAAGUCUUCGAAGAUAUCGCAAGACUCAUGCUUGAGUCGGCGAACCCACUGACCUUUCUUUCGGGAGCUGGGACAUUUGGAGACUAUGAUCGAUCAAGGCCAUCGUGGGUGCCAAGCUGGCAUAAGCGCCGGCCAUGGACGAUAUUACCGACUAAGCAAGAUCAAGGGUUCCAUUGUGCAUCUGCUUCUCGAAUGGAAAUGCGUUCCGAUCACAAGGAAGGAGAGCUGGUCCUCAAAGGCGUGAUCAUAGAUCAAAUCACCUCCAUGCAGGAACACCGCGACUAUUGGGGGAUCUUCGACGGAAAUGACAAAAGUCGCAACAAUCUCCUUAAUCAGCCACGAUGGAGCACGGAGGCAUGGAGAAAAUGCGCCAUGAUUUUAACGUGCGGUGGGGAUGGGAGAGCAUAUCCUAUUGAUGAUGAGGCCACGAAUCUGGCUGAUCUAGCUGCUCUGGUCCUUUCGAGAAGUGCCCACUGGGUCAUUAGAGAUCUUAUAGCUCUUCGAGAUGUUAUUGAGCCCGAAGACGACGAAAUGACGCAAGCUGAGUAUCUCGCUGAGAUAGCUGAAGGCGGGAAUGCUCGUCGAUACAUCAGCGCCGUGGAACCUGUUCGUAACUCUUAUAGAUUGUUUAAGACGGCGUCGAAAGACUUUGGGGUUGGACCCGUGGAUAUGAAGAUUGGGGAUAAGCUCUGCGUAUUGUUUGGCGCAGAGGUUCCGUUUUUGUUGAGGCCGAAGGGAGAUGGGUACUUGGUUAUCGGGGAGUGUUAUGUCUAUGAUUUGAUGCAUGGAGAAAUCCUCGAGAAACUUGCUGCUGAUCCAGAAGGACAGUUGAAGGCUGAAUGGAUCAAACUCAUCUAG